UCUCAAUAUGUCUACCAACACAAUGUCAAGCAAUCUCGAGAGCGAAACCUUUCGAGAAUUCUUCGAAAAUUGGUUGGUCGAGCAAAAUCAAUACCUGAGUGAACUCAUUUCCCUAGCGAAAGCCAACGACGCCGAUCCAACAACAUGUUCGAACGAUGUCGACAUGCUAAUCAAACGAGUCAUGGAGUGUUACGAGCAUUACUACAAGGUGAAAUCCGAUUGGAUAGACCAAGAUGCAUUGGCAAUGCUAAAGCCAACAUGGAUAUCAUCAUUGGAAGACACAUUCCUAUGGCUAGGAGGAUGGCGACCAAGCAUGGCUUUUCACUUACUCUACUCGAAAUCAGGUCUCCAACUCGAAGGUCGUCUUUCCGAGCUAAUCCACGGCCUCUCGACGGGCGAUCUAGCCGAUCUCUCCUACGAACAAAUCAUGGAAACCGACACGUUACAAAGGGCGACGAUUAAGAAAGAGAGGGAAAUAAGUGAAAAGAUGGCGAAAUAUCAAGAGACAAUAGCUGAUCCAUCAAUGGUGGAGUUGGCUCAUGUGGCGAGUGAGUCCAAAAGGGAAAGGGGAGAGUCAUCGGGUGAGUGCAUGACAAGAAUGGAAGAGCAAUUGACGGUGGCUUUGGGAAGAAGAGAAGAUGGUUUGAAAGAGAUAGUGAAAAUGGCUGAUGAACUAAGGCUUACAACGUUGAAGGAAAUUGCUGGGAUAUUGACAAAGUCACAAACGGUUCAUUUUUUCAUAGCGGCUGCGGAGUUGCACUUGAGGAUUCAUGAGUGGGGAUUGCAAAGAGAUUGUGGACGACGAUCUAAGGAACCAAAUUGAUCCAAAAAUGGUUUUGUUUUUGGAAAAUAAAAUGGUUUGAUCUUGAAAUAGUAAGGUAGGUAUUGGUUUUGUUAUUUGUGUUGUGUUCUUUGUUGUCUCAAUUCAAUAAGUUCUCUUGUUGUUGGUGGUAUGUAAUUGUGUCAUAUGGCAUUACUCAUUUUGUUUUUAUAGAGGAAUUUAUGAUCUUCAUAUGCUCAGA